AUGCUGAAAGCGCUUGUAAGGCAUGAUUUAUGGCGGUCUGCUAUUACUUUGUGGGGAUGGAAUCCUGGUGACGCGCUUGGUGAAUCCUUGGUGGGCGAGCUCAUGUCAAAGAACCUCUGGGUGCAAUCCUUGCGCGUAAUUUCCCAUCUUUUAGCCAGUGAUGAUUCCACCACAAAUGCUGCAAAACUGGGCCCUUUGAUAGAUGUUAAGGAAUUUCAGGGUGUCGAUGGUGAUGUUAUGUCGACUUUAAAUGAUGCGCUUCGUCUUACAAGUGAUCCGACUUUUAUUCCAAAAGAAGAACAGAGAGCCAGUAGUGGCUUGGUUCAGGUAGUAAAUGCAAGGUAUACCCAGAAGUCUCAGUGGCAAGAGGCCAUUGACUUGCUAUUGAAACUUAGCGAACGCAGCUUUUCCUUGCAUACCAAGAGGGAAAUCUUAAGUGUGGCGGCCGCGAAGUCUGCUUACCAUGGUGAAAGAUUUGAGGAUACCAUUGAUUGGAUUCAACAAAGUGAAUACUUUCAGCAAUCAGCUUCGUUUCAGCGAGUCGCUUUGCGUUCUGCUGUUGUUUUACACCGUUUUGAAGAUGUUGUAAGUAUUUUGGAAACACUGAGUAAACAAGGUCUCGAUGAGGUUCCGACUCUGACACUGGAGGAUUUCUGUAAACAGUUUAUCAGGGAGUAUGAGGAGGGGAAGUAUGCCGAACUUCUGCAUAGGUUUGCUGCUGUGGUGUCAAGAUGUGCUUCGCGUUUGUAUUGCAAGAAAACGAGAGAUAAUAUAAGACAGUUUUUGAUACGGAAUGCCAUGAGUACGGAUGCAUUAGAUGUGACAAGCCUUUUGGAGCGUACAAGAGAUUACGGUCCGGGGUUUUGUGAGGCAUUACUUUUUCCUCUUUCUAAGGGAAAGGUGGAAACUGUGACCGAUAUUGAUCAAGCUGCGAGUGCAUUGUUGAGCAGGGGGAAUUGGAAAGCGUCGUUGGAAUUGCUAAAAAAACUGGUCACUACGGAGGCUGUUAAUGAAAGAGAGAAGGUGAUUCUUGAGUCUGCUCGGUCUUCUCUUGGAAGCUGGAAGACUGCUCUUCUUUUUUUUACCUAG